UAUGACGGCCAGCGUGCUUGGGCCCAAGUUAGGGUGUAUAAAGGCUCAAACGACCCUCAGUUCUGGGGCGAGGUUUCAUCUUCAAGUUUCAACAACCUUGAUGAUCCGUGCAUUGGCCCUUGCUUGUUCUUGCAACAUUCUGUUGUUGACGAUCUACCGUGCCAAUGGAUUGUGAAGAUCAUACCGACAUGGCGUAUACUCCCCCACUCUCGUCACGCUCUGGCAGCAGGAUGCGAAACCAACCGCCCCAGGAAACAGUCAAGCAGUUUUGGACUGACUUCAAUUCCAAAUUUCCUGGAAUGGUCAACACUGUCCUGCCGGACAAUCCUUAUGCGCGCACAAAGGCUGCGAGGACCGCCGACCUGAAGGGAAAGAUUCAAGCUCAGGUGGCCGGUAAAUCGUACGAACAAGCACGGAAAGAAUGCCAACGCUCCGUUGAGCGCAUCGCCACGGAAUGCGAACGGCUGAACCAGAAGUACUCGGAUCCUCAUUUUGACAUCGCAUCGGAUCUCAAGCGCGGGAGGAGAGAUUACCUCGAUGGGUUGAUGGACAAGAAUCUGGAAAUGCGGCCUAAGGGGGUGAAGAGGGUCACGGAAAUUUUUGAAAAACCGCAGUUCUACGUCAACGGGCCUACUGCGUCUGAUGUACGCCAAGGUCGCGACGGUGACUGUUGGCUAAUGGCUGCGCUAUGCACAAUGGGAAACAAAGAAGGCUUGAUUGAGAAUGUUUGUGUGGCUCGGAACGAGAAAGUUGGCGUGUACGGAUUUGUGUUCUACAGAGAUGGGGAUUGGCAACAAUGUAUUGUGGACGACAAGUUGUAUCUGCGUGCAGCUGAUUAUUAUGAAUCUGUGGAUGAGCGGCCGAUAUGGGAUGACAUCAACCGGAAGGACACCGAAGAAGAAUAUCGCAAAGCCUGGCAGACCGGCUCUCGAGCUUUGUACUUCGCUCAGUGCGUGGAUGAGAAUGAGACAUGGCUGCCUUUGCUGGAGAAAGCCUACGCCAAGGCUCAUGGUGACUACUCUGCGAUCGAGGGUGGAUUCGUGGGCGAAGCUCUAGAGGACCUGACGGGUGGAGUCACCUCUGAUAUCCUGUCAAGCAAUAUCUUGGACAAAGAUCGUUUCUGGAAUGAGGAGCUCAUGAAGGUCAACAAGGAGUUUCUCUUUGGCUGUGGCUGUGGUCUUUUCUCUAACUGGCUGGACCCAAGCUAUCGAGGGCCCCCAAGAGACAGGAAGGGCAUUUCAGAGAACCAUUCCUAUUCCAUCAUGGAGGCGCGGGAGAUAGAUGGACAUCGCUUGCUACGACUGCGGAACCCCUGGGGCAAAAAGGAAUGGAACGGCGCCUGGAGCGACGGUUCUGAACAAUGGACAGCCGAGUGGAUGGAGAAAUUAGGACACAAAUUCGGUAAUGAUGGUUUCUUCUGGAUCUCAUACGAUGAUCUGCUCAAAAAGUACCAGCACUUCGAUCGUACUCGUCUUUUCGAUGAUGACUGGACAGUAACUCAGCAAUGGACGACCUUGAAUGUCCCCUGGUCUGCCGACUAUCACAACACCAAGUUCGCGCUCAACGUGAGCAAAGGUGGACCUGUAGUCAUCGUCCUUUCGCAGCUCGAUGACCGGUAUUACAAAGGACUAGCUGGUGAAUACGACUUUUCCCUGAAAUUCCGCCUGCAAAAAGAAGGCGAGGACGACUACUUUGUGCGCAGCCACAGUAGCGAUCUCAUGUACCGCGGUGUGAACGUCGAAGUCGAUCUCGAGCCAGGCCGCUACCAUGUCCUUAUGAAGGUCACGGCCUAUCGCGACAACGAGAAAAUGCCCACCGAGGACGUUGUGCGCAGCCUCGCCCCGACGCGACGGGAGAAGUUGAUGCAAAUCGGUCUAUCAUACGACCUCGCCCACGCCAAGAGCAUCGUCCCCGAGACGGACAACGAGAAACGAGCUCGCGAGGAGCGGGAAGAGCGGCACCGGGCCGCUGAACGGCGCAAGCUCCGGGAGGAGACCAAAAAGCGACUUCAGAAGCAGUGGAUUCGCGACCGCAAGCGAGAAGCCCGAAGCCAUCGACGCGAGGAGCGAGCGCUCGCCGAACAGGCUGCGCGGGCGGCGGCGGCCGGCCAUCGCAGCAACAACAACAACAACAACAACCAGGAUGCGGACGCCGCGGAGCAUACCGACGGCGGCCAUAACAUCGAUCACCAUGUUGAGGCGCAAAUCCCGACGGAGAACGGCUCGAUCCCUACGAUCCAGGUUAGCAGCUCUCAUGUUGUGAACGGCCAGGACCACAUCAGGGGCCGCGUCUCCCUCUCCAUCCGUGACAAGCGCUCUCCCGUCCACACGCCCAACCCCGAUCUCCAGUACCUGGAAGGCUUUGAGUUCGAUUCCGAUCUGGAUAUGCCGCCAGAGGAGCCGAAGACCCCCGCCCGCACUCUGUCUUACAAUAGCGAGGAGGUGGACGCGAACGGGGAUCCGUGGAAUGCUGUCUGCGUGGUGGGCUUGCGGGUGUACUCCAAGGACUCGGAGUUGUCACUGGAGGUUCUCCGUCCGGUGCCGGAGGAUGAGACGGAGGCGUGUCUGGAUAUGGACGAUCCGGCUGUGAGUGCGACGUCAGAAAAGCAGUCUCGUUGAGAGGGAGUAAUUAAGCAGCGCGGUGUGCAAUUUGCAGGGGAUCAUUUUCAUCCUGGUCAGCAUCACUUUAUCUAGAGUGUAGAAAUGUUCA